AUGAAUUUCGGUGAUCAACCAACUUUCCAAAAAGAAUGGAAAGAAUUUUUCGGGCAACGGGUAGAUUUAAAGCAAAUAGAAAAGAGUUGUUUGAAUGGUAAACUCCGUGUAUGCCACGUCAGAUCUAUUGUAUGGAGGAUUUUGCUGCGUUCUUUGCCUCUUGAACGUAAUGAGUGGUGUGUGAUUUUGUCCCGUACACGCAGCUCGUAUGCGAAAUUGAAAUCGCGGUGGUUAACUAAUCCACGUGAUAAAACGUUAACUAUGGACCCAAAUAUCAGUAAUCCAUUGUCACUUGGGGAAGAGAAUCCUUGGCAACAAUAUUUUGCUGAUUCUAAACUACGUGAAUGUAUAAGUUGUGAUGUAGAACGAACAUUUCCAGAGUUAGAGUAUUUCAAAGCCAAUGAAGUGCGAUCUUCCAUGAUAGAUAUUCUUUUUAUAUAUGCAAAGCAACAUCCGGACAUAGCAUACAGACAGGGUAUGCACGAAAUACUGGCAACCUUAAUUUUUGUACUUAAUUAUGAUCAACAAGCAUUUUCUCAUUUAAUGGAACAGAAUUCUUUAGAAGAAUUGCCUUCUGAAGAACUUAAAAUUCUUUCUGCAGUCAAUGAUCCCGAAUUUCUUGAACACGAUUCUUUCGAAAUAUUUUCGCAGUUAAUGAUGAUGCUAGAACGAUGGUACUUGACUGGCGAUGAAGAUCAUGUCGAAAAUUCUAAUAUCAUCGCGAAAAAUAAUCAGUUAAUCAGUUCAGCGCUGUUCACUGACGAAAAACCCAAAAAUGAAUUGAUUGUUAAAUUGCAAAGUAUCAUGGAUGAUAUAUUGGCAGUUAUUGAUCCGGCACUAUAUCAGCAUCUCUCGAAAAUGCAAAUUUCUCCCCAGAUUUACGGAAUUCGAUGGUUGCGAUUAUUAUUUGGUCGCGAGUUUCCCAUUCAUGAUUUGUUAUUUGUGUGGGAUGCAAUAUUUGCUUAUAAACCACUGCUAUCGUUGGUUGACUAUAUUUUUGUGGCAAUGCUCGAAUACAUUAGACACUUAGUGAUAAAUGAAGAUUAUAGUACUACACUGCAAUAUUUGAUGCGUUAUCCACCAGUAGCUGAUGCGCAUUCUUUAAUUCAAUACGCACUCCAUAUCAAAUCACCAAAAAAAUUUGAAGAACCACGAACUUUGAAUGUUACAAAUUUUGAAAAUAUAACUAUUGCUGGCGCAGUACAUCCUAAUCGAAACAAGGACGUUAUUAAACUGCCAACUGUUAUGGGUAAAUUACAUAAGAUCAGUUCACCUGAAAGAAUUUUGGCUAAUAUAGGUGAUAGCGAAGCAUUUGUCACCACAGUUGUGGAUACUAUAUCAGAUCACAGGAAUUCUUUUCCAUUAAACCAUAGUGGAUUUAGUCACACAUCUACAAACGCUGCAGACAAAGUCGUUGAACUUCUGCAAGAGCAAGUGUCAUGUUUACAGUCAAGGUUAAACGAUAUGGAUAUGAUGGCUCUUGUCAUGAAACAGAAAAUUAGUAGUGUAGUUAAUGAACAGAUACCAAAAAUAAUCGGUAAUGAGAAUGUGAAAAAAUCAAUUAAGAAAGAACUGCACGUCGCUUUAUCGGAAAUCGACAGCGCCAUACAGUUGGACGCUAAUAGUCGUUCAGUUAUGAGAAUUCCUGAAAGAUCUUCGGGAAGAAUCAUCCAUGAUCAUAAUACUGCAACUUUCGAUCGGACUAAAAGUGGAAAUGAGGGUCACAUGCCAGUAACUUCAUCACAAUGUAAUUACCGCAAUUUACCUUCAAAUCCUCGCCGACCAGUAUCACGAAUGGAAACUGAAAUGCGUGUGAUAAGGCCUCGUUCAUCUGCUCGGUAA